AUGUUCCCAGCUGCUGCCUGGCUGAUCCUGCUGGUGGCCCCCGGCCACCCCUGGGCCACGGGGGACCCGAUUCAAGAGACGGAGGAGGGGGACGCGCUGAAGCUGGGUGCCUGUUUCCCAGGCUCGGCCGUGGAAGCCGGGGGGCUGAACCUGGGGCAGAGAUGGGGAGACCCCUCCCCAACUGCCAGUCUCCUCAUUGACCUGCGAAGGGUAACCAGUGCAGCUUCCUCCUUCGACUUCCGGACCUUCGACCCGGAAGGGGUCAUCUUCUACGGGGACACCAAUCCCGGCUUCGACUGGUUCGUGCUCGCUUUGCGUCGGGGGAAACCGAUCAUGCAGAUCCACAACUCCCUCACCAACAUCACCGUCUCCGGGGGGCGGCGUCUCAACGACGGCCAGUGGCAUCGGAUCACGGUGAAGAACGAAGGACACGUCGUAAUGUUGUUGCUCGACGGAGAGGACCAACUCACCCUCAGCCACGUCUCCCACCCGAUUGUGAACCGGACCACCCCCCAGAUGCGCAUCGGGGUGGGAGGCCUGUUCAUCUUGCCGACUGAAUUGCUGGUCCCGCUGAACCCGGCGAUGGACGGCUGCAUCAGGCGCUGGGACUGGCUGAACACGAGCCAGGCGUGGCAGGAGGGGGCGUCCCUGCAGGACCCCGGCGCCAAGGUCUGCUUGGCCACCGUCCAGCGGGGCAGCUUCUUCCCUGGCGACGGACUGGCCGUCUUUCAAGUCUCAGGCCUCCCCGUCAGGCUCAGCCCCAUGGACGGCACCUGGGGGUUCUCCCUGCAGCUGCGGAUCAGGGCCGCCCCCCAGCUCAGCACCCUGCUGGCCGUUUGGGCGGUGGAGGAGCAGCGCCCAGUUCUGCGCCUGGCCCUGGAGCGCACGGAUCUGACGGCCGAAAUGGGUAACCAGACGGUCCUGCUGCUCCCUCUCCCCCAAGGGGGCUGCCUGGACACCCCCCUCCUCCUCCUCCUCACCCCCUCCUCCUUCACGCUGCGUCUGGGCGACACCGAGGUCACCAAGCCCACCCCCAGGGACGAUUACGAGAGCCUGAGAGAUGUCUGGCUGAGCAACAUGGGAAACCUGGUCAUCGGAGGGGCAUCUGGUACCAAGAUAAAGGGAAAAACUCCGGAAUCUCCUCGUUUCCAGGGCUGCCUCAACACCGUCCGGGUUCAAGGCCACGAGCUGGACUUCGAUGACGCUCAGUACCGGAGCAACUCGAUCUGGGCACACAGCUGCCCCGGGAACGUGGGAAACAAAGUCGACGUGGAUGAUGGGCAUUAA